AAAGUUUUUGAUAUUUUUAAAAAUGGCGGCGCCCGCGUCGUCCUUGUCUGCUUUAAAAUCUUUCCUUCAGUUAGCUAAAAGAGAUAUUUUUUCAUUAAAUCGUCGUCUCGAAAACAUCAACAGGGUACCUUUUAGGGGGUUUACCAUCGAAGUAGCAAAAGCUACCACUCUGCUCACUGUUACAGAUCAUCAUUCAGAAUCAUCUCACGCAGUUGGACCAUUGGAACAUUAUGAAAAUUUAAUUCUAAAAGGAGAACUGAGAGAUGAUGAACAGCAGAGGAACGUUUUACAGCAGCUUCAGAAGCUGCAGGAAGUUGUUAAAGGUUACAGCUGCAGUUCCACAGGCUUUUUAUCUAAGUUUCUGCAAAAAAAGAAGCCCCCAAAAGGAUUUUAUAUCUAUGGAGAUGUAGGUACAGGAAAAACCAUGGUAAUGGAUAUGUUUUUUUCCCAUGUGGAACUUGAAAGAAAACAGAGAGUGCAUUUCCAUGGCUUCAUGUUGGAUGUUCAUAAAAGAAUCCAUCGUCUUAAACAGAGUUUGCCAAAAAGAAGACAGGGAUUAAUGAACAAAUCUUAUGAUCCAAUAGCUCCAGUUGCAUCAGAAAUCAGUGAACAGGCAAGCUUGCUAUGCUUUGAUGAAUUUCAGGUCACAGAUAUUGCAGAUGCCAUGAUUUUGAAACAACUGUUUGAAAAUUUGUUUCAAAAUGGGGUGGUGGUUGUUGCAACUUCUAACAGACCUCCAGAAGACCUUUAUAAAAAUGGGCUUCAGAGGGCCAACUUUGUACCAUUCAUCACAGUGUUGAAGGAAUACUGCACAACCAUGAAGUUGGAUUCUGGAAUUGACUACAGAAGGAGACAAUUACCAGCAGCUGGGAAACUCUACUACCUCACAAGUGAAGCUGAUGUGGAGGCUGUCAUGGAUAAGCUGUUUGAUGAGCUGGCUCAGAAACAAAAUGAUAUAACUCGGCCAAGGAUUCUGAAAGUGCAAGGCAGGAGGCUAAAGUUGAACAAGGCUUGCGGAACCAUUGCAGAUUGCACGUUUCAGGAACUGUGUGAAAGACCUUUAGGAGCAAGUGACUAUUUAGAGAUGUCUAAGUAUUUUGAUACAGUGUUCAUUCGCAACAUACCUCUAAUGACGUUGGCAAAGAAGACGGAAGCCAGGAGGUUUAUCACUCUCAUCGAUGCCUUCUAUGAGCACAAAGUCCGAGUUGUAUGCCUGGCUGAUUCACCUUUGGACAGUAUAUUUGUUCAGGAACGGCAAGAAGAUAGCAGUGAGGCUCAUCGGAUAUUAAUGGAUGACCUUGGUUUAUCUCAGGAUUCAGCAAGUGGACUUUCAAUCUUUACUGGAGAAGAAGAAAUCUUUGCCUUUUACCGAACAAUUUCUCGCCUUACAGAAAUGCAGACAGAGCAAUACUGGAAUGAUGGGGACAGAAGUAAUAGAUAAUAGUCUGCUUCCUUACCUAGCAUGAAGUGGGAAACAAAGUAGAUAUAUAAAUUUGUGUUGCAAAAAAUAUAUGAGAGUUCUUCAAAAUACCUCCGCAGGCCAUUUUUGUGAGCAACAAGACUUUUAAUUACAGUAAUCCCUCCUCCAUCACGGGGGUUGCGUUCCAGAGCCACCCGCAAAAGAAGAAAAUCCGCGAAGUAGAAACCAUAUGUUUAUAUGGUUAUUUUUAUAUUGUCAUGCUUGGGUCACAGAUUUGCGCAGAAACACAGGAGGUUGUAGAGAGACAGGAACGUUAUUCAAACACUGCAAACAAACAUUUGUCUCUUUUUCAAAAGUUUAAACUGUGCUCCAUGACAAGACAGAGAUGACAGUUCCGUCUCACAAUUAAAAGAAUGCAAACAUAUCUUCCUCUUCAAAGGAGUGCGUGUCAGGAGCAGAUCAUGUCAGAGAGAGAGAGAAAAGCAAACAAAUCAAUAGGGCUGUUUGGCUUUUAAGUAUGCGAAGCACCGCCGGUACAAAGCUGUUGAAGGCGGCAGCUCACACCUCCUCCGUCAGGAGCAGGGAGAGAGAGAGAGAGAGAGAGAGACAGAGAAAAACAAACAAUCGAAAAUCAAUACGUGCCCUUUGAGCUUUUAAGUAUGCGAAGCACCUUGCAGUAUGUCGCUUCACGAAGCAGCUGCACACAGAAGGUAGCAACGUGAAGAUAAUCUUUCAGCAUUUUUAGACGAGCGUCCGUAUCGUCUAGGUGUGCGAACAGCCCCCCUGCUCACACCCCCUACGUCAGGAUCAGAGAAAGUCAGCGCAAGAGAGAGAGAGAGAGAAAGUAAGCUGGGUAGCUUCUCAGCCAUCUGCCAAUAGCGUCCCUUGUAUGAAAUCAACUGGGCAAACCAACUGAGGAAGCAUGUACCAGAAAUUAAAAGACCCAUUGUCCUCAGAAAUCCGCGAACCAGCAAAAAAUCCGUGAUAUAUAUUUAAAUAUGCUUACAUAUAAAAUCCGCGAUAGAGUGAAGCUGCGAAAGGUGAAGCGCGAUAUAGCGAGGGAUUACUGUAUUGUAACCAUUGGUGUGAUUGUUCAGUACCACGUGCUUACCCUGUGGUCUGUAUGUGGAUCCCAAUGCCCCAGUGCAGUGAUUGGGAUACUUUGCUGGAAAAAUGGUGCUGGCCUUCGAAUGAGAUGCAAAACCAAGGUUCUGACUCUCUGUGGUCAUAAAAGAUUCCUGAGCAUCGUGUCCAUUAGUGUCUUGGCUAAGUAGCCCAUCAUGGCCUCCUCCAUUCUAUCACCCUAAUCAUCCCCUGUCUCUAAUUGGCUAUCUCUCUCAUCCCUUCACAACCUAAUAGUUAAAGUGUGCUAAGCGUACUGGUGCAGGAACAGCUGCCAUUGCAUUAUUCAAAUGAAUGCUGCACCGUGUUUCUUCUGUUGCCUGUACUGUUGGUGUGUAAGUUGCAACCAAGUCAUGUACAUGGCUGUAUGUCUGUCAGUUUACUUUUUUUUUUUUUGCUUUUUGCAGACAGUGUUUAAAGAGGCUGGCAUUCAAACCAAUUUAUGCACUCAGUAUGGCAAUGAUGUUUUACCAUACUGAAAUAUAUAUGACUGGGUGAAGAAAGAUCUGGACAAGUGUGAAAGUUGGGAUAGUGCUGAGGAAGGCUGUCAAUAUUAACAUGUGAUGAAACCUACAAAAAAGCUAGAUCAAUUGUUCUGACCGGAGAGUAUUGAUAGGGAAAACAGCAUUCCAAUUGUUUUCAUUUGAUAAGAUGAAAUAAGCAGUGCAUAACUGUCAUUACACGUAAAAGUGGGUAGAUGCAGAAAUGGGCAUUAGGAGUCAGAGAGAUGAUAUUGAGAACUAAUGGAUUGGAAAUAUUUGAAAGAAAAACUUCAUAAACAUUUUGAAGAACCCUCAUAUACAGUAUAUUCUAUAUAUUAUAACUGCACUUUAUCAGCUCCACUAUCAUAUUCCAUGUAUGUAUAUAAAGUAUAUAUAUUAUAUAAUUUAACUUUGUUUCUUUAAAAAUGCUGUAAGUUCUAAGUGUAAAUUUUAAUUAUUAAAAUAACUUAAAAUUGUGGAUUAUAUUCAUAAUGCUGUUUAAGUGUAUUUAAUUCUGUGGAAUAUUAUUAUAAAAGCAAGAAACAUUUACCAAAUGUUUGCCUUAAGAUACAUUACACAAAAUAUACAUUUUGUUUUUAAAGGCUUUUGUAUUUAUUUAACCUUUAGAUGAUAAUAGUUUAGAAUCAAGGGGUCGCCAACACCGGUUC